AUGAAACGGGACAACUCAGGAAACAACCAAGAUGGUCCUCCGUCAAAAUUCCAACGUUCUUCCGUUGAUUUAACAAAUGUUUCCAUCAGAUUUCUUAUUCCUGGGAGGGCUGCAGGGAUAAUGAUUGGGAAGGGUGGGGAAAAUAUCAAAAAAAUUCGAUCACAGGUUUGUUCUUUCAUAAUUCAUUUAGUGACUUGCUCAAUCGCUGUUUUGGCACCAACUGACUCGAUUCUUUGUUUUAUAUUCUUUACGGUUCCUCCACCUUCCGGACACUUACUCGCUGAAUCUGGUCAAUCUCCUCUGAUAACCCAAUGGUUUGGGUUGGUACCACAUGCCUGCCUUAUUCUCAAACUGAUGACUCUGGCUCACUGA